AUGUAUCGGAAAGUGUUGUGUUUAUGUGUGUUUCUUUUUCUGGGAUAUGUGAAUGGUCAAGCUGAGCAACAAUUGCUCAAUAAACUAGCGUGCAUCGAUCACGAGGAAUGCGGUGCCUGUUUGUCAGCUGCACCACACUGCCGCUGGUGUGCUGAUCCCUACUACAAAUCCGCUGUUCCUAGGUGCAACGACGAUGUAAGUUUGGUGCAAAGUGGUUGCAGCCAAGGCCUGAUUCAGCGACCUUUGCCUGCGCUGUGGGAAAUUGUAUCUAACAAUACGUUACAAGAUGUACAGCCUGGCAACAUCUUAGGCCAUGUGGUACAAAUCCAGCCGCAGAACAUACGCCUAUCUUUAAAACCAAGGGAGACCAGAAAGGUGAAGUUUUCAUAUCGACCGGCUAAAAACUAUCCUUUGGACUUGUAUUAUCUGAUGGACCUCACGUGGUCUAUGAAAGACGACAAAGAAACCCUGGUCAGUUUAGGCGAUGCCCUCACCGUCACAUUGAAGAACUUAACGGAUAAUUUCAGGAUAGGAUUCGGUAGUUUUGCUGAUAAACCGCUAAUGCCCUUCAUCAGUGUGGACGAAAAGCGACUGGCUAAUCCUUGUGCUAUGGAAGAACAUGCUUGUGAGCCCACCUACAACUAUAGGCACCAUCUAUCGCUUACCGACCAGGUGAAAGAUUUCAUAGAUAACGUAAACACAAGUGCGGUGACAGCGAAUCUGGACAAUGCAGAAGGACAGCUUGAUGCAUUGGUGCAGGUUAUCUCUUGCGGCCGUCGUAUCGGAUGGUCGGCGCAUAGCCGGAAGAUUGUGAUAAUGUUAACUGACGGUUCGAUACAUACGGCGGGCGAUGGGAAAUUGGCGGGCGCCGCAAAAAGAAAUGACGGCGAAUGCCAUUUAGACGAUAACGGUUACUAUGCAGACUCAGUAAUAUACGAUUACCCAUCUUUAGAGCAAGUAUAUAGACUUUUAGAUAAGUACAAGGUCAAUGUAGUUUUUGCAGUCACAGAUAGCGUGAAAUCUUACUAUGAUAAUGUUCAUCAGCUUCUGGAUGACUUCACUUAUGUUGCAAAGUUAGAAAGUGACAGUUCUAACAUACUUAAACUAGUGAAAAAAAGCUAUGAAGAUAUUGUUAGCGUUGUUGAUUUCGAAGACGAUUCUAGUAGUGGUCCAGUAAAGGUCCAAUACUUUACAAACUGUGGAGUAAAGGGAGGCUCUAUGAUGGAAACUACCAGAUGCACGGGUGUUGAAUAUGGAAUGACGCUUGAUUAUGAGGCUCAUUUAACUUUAGAUUCCUGUCCCGAAUACAAAAAGAUUACCCAAAAAGUACGAAUUUCCGAGAGUCAAUUAGGUCAGGAUUCCCUAGAUUUGGAAGUUGAACUACAUUGCGGAUGUGACUGUGAGGCGGAUCAAAUAAAAGACAUGUCACUUACGUGUCCCAGUAAUUCACAUCUAGUCUGUGGUGUCUGCCAGUGCAAUAAAGGAUGGUCAGGCCCACUGUGCGAUUGUUCAAUAGAAGAUGAGGCUGCAUCAGCAGCUCUAGAGGCGCAAUGUCGUGAUCCAAAUGUGAACAGAUCUAUCGCAUGUUCCGGCACUGGUGAUUGUUUAUGCGGAAAGUGCGAUUGUGAUCGUGGUUAUAGCGGCAGAUAUUGCCAAUGCAAGAACUGUGAACGCAGCGUUGAGAACGGCAUGGAGUGCGGCGGUAUCGGGCGUGGCACGUGCGUGUGCGGGCAGUGCUCGUGCGUCGCGGGCUGGGGCGGCGCGGCUUGCGACUGCCCCGCAGCGUCCGACUCCUGUAUUGCGCCGGGCGCCACCGAUGUCUGUUCAGGACACGGAGACUGUGUAUGUGGUCGUUGUGAAUGUAUGGCAUCCGAAGAAGAUGGAAAAUACUCGGGGAUGUUCUGCGAGACAUGUGCCACUUGCGAAAAUCCCCUGUGCGCAAACGCCGAACCGUGUGUGAGCUGCCAUCUCAAUAACACAUGCACCGACUUAUGUACCAUAGGCAAUCUGAAUUACACCGUCAGUGAAAGAUUGAGAGACACUGAAACAUUAAAGAACGGCGAAAUCUCUUGCAUCCUCCGCAUGGAAAAUGAGGAGGGACAAGAAUGCCAAUACAAGUACACAUACAGCGCUGCUAGCAGUUCCAUGAUCUCAAUGGAGAUAGUCAUAAGAUCUAUCGAUUGCUAUCAGGCAACUAAGGCGAAAAUCAUGAAUAGCGCUCUUAUAAUUAUGGCGUGUGUCAUAGCAGGCGGGCUGAUAGCCAUUCUUGUAUUCAAGAGCGCUCAAAUCGUCUCCGACAGACGCGCAUAUGCAAAAUUCGUCAAAGAGGCCGAGGAAAGCAGACUGCAUAUGCAAGAGCUUAAUCCUUUGUAUAUAUCUCCUAUCUCAGAAUUCAGAAUGCCAGAGGCUUAUAACAGAGAUAAGAUUGAUUGA